UACUACCAUUACAUUCCCAGCCUUCCUGGUAACUUGGUUAUGCUUAUCGUUAUGGGGUUGGUGCUCGGCAUUCAAACUUUUUAUGCCGUGAAAUACCUCCAGUACUGGUACGGGUCCUGUUUCUGUAUCGGUAUUGGAUUGGAAUUCGCUGGCUUCAUUUCUAGAGUCAUCUCACACUUCCAGCCCGUCACGAAUCGAAACGCUUACUUCUGCCAGAUUAUUUGCUUGACUAUUGCUCCGUGCUUUAUCAUGGCGGCGCUAUACUGUAUUUUGGCUAAACUUGUUAUUGUCUACGGUGAACGAUUCUCCGUCUUGGAACACGUGCGCUACACCCAAAUAUUCAUCACCAGUGAUUUAUUGACCGUAAUUCUCCUGACAGCGGGUGUUGGGAUCACUUAUUCUGCCAUCUCCGGGGGUCAUUCCACUCAUACUGGUACGAGCCUCAUGGUUGCGGGUCUUGUUAUCCAGAUGUUGUCGUUAUCCAUUUUUAUUACCUUCUGGCUGAUCUUCUUCUGGCGCGUCCAUAAGGCCUCUAAGCUAGCAGAACCCGGCUAUGAACCGACAUACGAACACUUGAGUAGAACCUCCGCCAUGAAGAUGUUCCCGCGUUAUGCCUCGGUAGGGAUUAUCUGCAUGUAUGUGCGUGCUAUUUUCAAAGUUGCAGAGUACGCACAAGGGUGGACCGGAUACUUGAAGGUUCAUGAACCAUAUUUCCUUAUUUUGGACGGGGCUAUGGUGGUUAUCUGUGGGAUUAUGAUGUCG